AUGAUACCGAAAACGGAAAACAUGACAGAGAAGCUCCUUUUGUUUUACCUUUUAUUUAUGUGCGUAGCAAAAGCUAGUACCUCAACCCCAUUCCCAAUUCACAACCAAACUCAAAUUCCAAAACAUUUUGUGCUUAUACAUGGUGCUUGUUAUGGAGCAUGGAGUUGGUAUAAGGUGGCGACUCUCCUGAAGAACUCAGGUCACAAUGUCACAGCUCUAGACUUGGGAGCAUCCGGGAUCAACCCGAUCCAGGUAGAGCAACUCCCUUCGUUAUCGGAAAACGUCGACCCCUUGACUAAGGUCAUGGUGUCUCUACCACCAAAUGAAAAGGUUAUCCUUGUGGCUCAUAGCUUGGGUGGAGCCGUCAUAUCUAUUUUCAUGGAGAGGUUCCCUCAGAAAAUUGCUGCUGCGGUAUAUGUUACGGCUGUCAUGUCUGGUCCUACUCUCAAUUACUCAACUAUAUUUGCAGAGGUUACCAAAAGAUUUGAUUUUAUGGACUCUCAAUUUAGAUAUGAUAACGAGACCAACAACCUUGCAACCUCCCUUCUCUUUGGGCCUAAGGUCUUGGCGACGAGCUUUUUGCAGCUCUCACCACAACAGGAUUUAAGUCUAACGUUGUCGGUGGUGAGAUUUUCUCCUUUGUAUAAUUAUGAUCUAAUAAAACUCACGGAGGAGAAUUAUGGAUCAGUUCGUAGAGACCGUGCGAUAGUGUUGGAUGUGCAAAAUUACAUGAUCAAUAACAAUCCCCCAAAUGAAGUGAAAGUGAUAAUCGGUUCUGAUCACUUGGUGAUGCUCUCUAAACCUGUGAAGUUGUUCUUCCAUCUCCAAAAUAUUGCUGAGAAAUAUGCAUAA